AUGGCGAAUGCCGAAGUGAGCGUCCCUGUGGGUGAUGUGGUGGUUGUACCAAGUGACGGAAACGAAGGGGAGAACCCGGAGGAUACCAAAACCCAAGUGAUCUUGCAGCUCCAGCCGGUGCAGCAAGGUUUGUUUACGGAUGGCAACUUUCACAACAGGAUUUACCAAGAGGGCUCUGAGGCCAGUGCCGCCGUAGUGGCUGUCGAACCCCACCCCAUCCACAAGCUAGAAGAAGGGAUCGACCCCAGCACCAUAGAAACGAACGAGGAAAUUGAGAUCGCCUAUCCUAUCACCUGCGGGGAGAGCAAAGCCAUCCUGCUCUGGAAGAAGUUUGUCUGUCCGGGAAUUAAUGUCAAGUGUGUAAAGUUCAAUGACCAACUGAUCAGCCCGAAGCAUUUUGUUCACCUGGCUGGGAAGUCUACCCUAAAGGACUGGAAGAGAGCCAUUCGCCUCGGAGGAAUCAUGCUGAGGAAGAUGAUGGACUCGGGGCAAAUCGACUUCUACCAACACGACAAAGUCUGCACCAACACCUGUCGAAGCACCAAGUUUGAUCUCCUGAUCAGCAGCGCCAGGGCACCGGUGCCAGGGCAGCAGAGUGUGGUGCAGACUCCUACAUCAGCUGACGGGAGCAUCACCCAGAUUGCGCUGUCGGAGGAGAGCAUGGAGGAGGGGAUCGAGUGGAACUCGGCUCUGACGGCUGCCGUCACCAUGGCCACUGAGGAAGGCAUGAAAAAGGAUACAGAUGAGAUUUCGGAGGAUACGCUGAUGUUCUGGAAAGGAAUAGCUGAUGUGGGGCUGAUGGAAGAGGUUGUGUGCAACAUCCAGAAGGAGAUAGAAGAAGUCCUAAGAGGUGUCCAGCAGAGGUUGGGUCAGUCUCCCUUCCAGAUGACGGAUGCUGCAGUCUUGAACAAUGUUGCCCACACAUUUGGCCUAAUGGACACAGUCAAGAAGGUUCUGGACAACAGGAAAAACCAGACGGAGCAAGGAGAGGAACAGUUCCUUUACACGCUGGCAGACCUGGAGCGGCAGCUGGAAGAGCAGAAGAAACUUGCCAAGGACCAGAAGGCGAAGUCCCAAACCAUCCAGAAUGUGGUGCUAAUGCCUGUCAGCGCUCCCAAGCCCCCCAAGAGACCCCGCCUGCAGCGCCCAGCCUCCGCCACUGUCCUCAGCCCCUCCACCCCCAUUCAGCAGCCUCAGUUCACGGUCAUCUCACCCAUCGCUAUUGCGCCUGUCGGGCAGCAGUUCUCCGUGGGCAACAUCCCGGUGGCAACUAUUAGCCAAGGCUCCAGCCCGGUGACUGUUCAUACCUUGCCCCCGUCCUCCAGCCUGGCGCUGCUGAGCUCGGCAGCCAUGCAGGACAGCGGUGCCCUGGCGAACGUGGCGGCCGUGGUCAACCCCGUGGAACUGGUGGCCAUGGAGUCCGGCCUCACUUCCACUAUCCAAGCUGUGGAGGGCACCUCGGACGACGGGCAGACCAUCAUAGAGAUUGACCCAGCGCCGGAUCCCGAAGCGGACACGGACGAGUCGGAGGGCAAAGCUGUCAUCCUGGAGACAGAGCUGAGGACUGAGGAGAAAGUGGUGGGGGAUGUGGAGGACCAUCAGCACCAGGUCCAUAACGUGGAGAUUGUGGUUUUGGAGGACUAGUGGGGAAGGCAAGCAUCAGUUUGGGGAAGAGUUGGGAAUUUGUUUUAUUUUGGGCUUUUUUGUUAAGCAUCUUUGCCAGCCACCCCAUUUGUUUCCAUGGAUAUUUUCAUUGUACUGUAUAUAGUAUAUAUAUGU